AUGUCAACUGCCCUCCAUAUUGCCUGUGCCAGCGGACAUGUUGAAGCGGUGCAGUUCCUCGUUGAAAGCAAAGCUAAACUCAACCUAUGUGACAAUCAAAACAGAUCCGCCUUAAUGAAGGCGGUGCAGGGCCAACAUGAGCGAUGUGUGAACAUGCUGCUGGAGAAUCAUGCAGACCCCAACCUUGUGGACAUCAAUGGAAACACAGCCCUACACUUGGCAGCAAACAUCCCCUCACUCUCCGUUGCAAUCCUGUUGCUGCAACAUGAAGCCAACAUCAACGCCCAAAACAAGGAGGGAUUUACACCCUUGACCGUGGCUGUUCGUGAGGACCAUGUUGAAAUGGCUGAGUUUCUCCUCAAGGAGUCUGCUGUUGUGAAUGUUAUGGACCAAGACCAGAGGUAAUUAAACUGUGAUUACUAAUACUUUUUACACUUACCGUGUCAUACUGCAUUUU